AAGACAACGCGAAUAGUCAAACGUAGGGGAAACGUAAUUGCAGCGGAAGCGACGUUCUCACGUUUCCAGGAAGUGACGCAACGGAGAAGGGCGGAAGUGUAAGAGCCAGACGGUUGUAUAGUGUCGAUACAGAGAGGAUCAAACAGACCGUCGCCAUGGUGUGCAUCCCAUGUAUCGUUAUUCCUGUCCUCUUAUGGGUUUACAAGAAAUUUUUGGAGCCCAUUGUGUACCCCUUCAUAUCUCCUAUCAUAAACCGCAUCUGGCCAAAGAAAGCUGUUCAGAACACGUCUACACCAGUGAAGAGCGAGGAAAGCAACGGUACCUGUAAGGCCAGUGGAACCAGUAUAACAAACGGAAGUGUCAGCGGAGGGAAAGAAGCAGUUCCUGAUAAAAAAACGGACUAAUGGAGUUUGUGAAAGAAAAAACUGCUCCAGCAGGACCUGUAUAAAGGGACAGCCGACGCGGAUCACUGCCCAUUGGGGCACAUGAUUAGACUGUGAAUAAGUCUAUAGUAAUUCAUUCCAGAUUUUAGGUAUAACUUAUUUUAGAAUUCUAUGAGUGCAGGAAAACACUUAUAUCAGCCACGGGGGUUCAGGUGACCCCUAACUGUUAAUAAGAAUAAUAAGAAUACUGAAAAGCUCCUGUUACAGAGUAUAACAGUGUUUGUUCAUUGAGACUUUCUCUGAUUAUGAAGCAUUAUCACUGCACUGGAAUGUGCACAUUAUCUUUAUUAACCCAAUAAACAACAUUGAGAAGUG